GCACAUGUGAGUGGAAUUAAUAUCCAUAAUGGCGCCGGGUGCACAAACUGAAAUUGGCAGUGCAGAAAUAUACUUUGCUAAAAAGCUUGCGAACAACGAUAAAAAAGUAAGAGAUAAAGCCGUAAAAAGACUCAAAAUAUGGCUUAAUGGCAAAGAAAAGUCGAAGAAUGGUCUUCUUGAAGUUGAACUGCUGAAAAUAUGGAAAGGUUUAUUUUAUUGCAUGUGGUUUUCAGACAAGCCUUUGAUUCAGGAGGAACUUGCUGAAAAUUUAUCCAAUGGCAUUCAUUUAUUUGGUCAAUGCUCCAUGACAGGUGUACUGUUCUCCAAAGUCUUUUUCAUAACAAUGGGUAGAGAGUGGCUUGGUAUCGAUAGACUUAGAUUGGACAAGUUCUACUUGCUUACACAGAAAUUUCUACAUGAAAGUUUGGUGUUUUUAUCGCAGUCAACCUGGAAUGAAAAAUUGACAACUGAAUCGAGCAAGUAUUUCAGUGACUUACUAAAUGAUCCACUGUAUCCAGAUGGAUUAAAGAUGUUUCUUGCUGAAAAGAUUUUUUCUGAAUUAUGGGAAGUGUGCAAGAUAACUGCUAGGUUGCCAAAUGAAGAUGCAUUUUUACUUCUUCUGGAGCCAUUUUUUUUGGCUGUUGCUUAUGGUGACAGUCAUUCAGUUGUUAAGACAGUUCGUGAUGAAGUAUUAUUGAAAUUACUUAACACUGCGAUCCGUAAAGAAGAAAUUGAUGGUGAUAAAGAUCUGUUUUGUAUACCAUAUCAUAGGAUUGCAGACAGGUUGUGCAAACUUGGUACUGAUAAAAAGAUACAAACGUUUAAUCGAAAAAUAAUAUUUUCUUUUGUUGAAAAAUACCAAAAACGUUCUGAUGAAAUUGACGUAAUUUCUGAUGGAGCUGAAGUAGUAAAGAAAAAUCGAAAAAGGAAAAAGAAUGUUCUUUUAACAGUCGAAUUAAACAAUGGCAAAAAGGUUGGAGUAAAAAAACAGAAGAGAAAAAGUAAACUAGUGGAAAACGGAAUAAUGCAAAAAUGCAACUAUACCAAAGACGAUAUAAUACUAAACAGCGUUUUAUCUGAUAUGAGGGAAGACAAAAAAAAUAAUUUCACAAAGAAAGAGGAGAGUCGCGAAUCUGUGGAGAACGUUAUUCAGGAAAUUGAGUACCAGGCUGCAGCCGUCAGUAGUAAUGUUACAGCGGGGAGCUUGUUUACUGAAGAAAGUGUUUCUCUGGAAGCUAAUAGCGUUGACAAUGUCAGGUUAACUUUGAACUUCUCCCCGGAAGAAGAAGCCGAAUCGAACAAUGUUGAAUCACGGAAAGCAAAAGCCAAACAAAAACAGAUGACAAAAAAACAAAUUAGGAAUAAGAAGAGCAAUAACAAAAAAAAUGCAAACGACGAGCCGAAGCCAGCCAUGUCAUUUGUGAAAACUCCACCUCCAAAUGCAUUUUUUCGUAAAGCUUUGCUGAAAACUGAACCGACCAAAAAGAGAACAAAAAUAGUAACAGAAAAGGCUAUCAUCACUCCACCAUGCUCUGAACCUUGCGAAAAAAAGGUUAGAAUAGACGUUUCUCGCAACAUUGCAGUAGGUCACCAAGACUUAAAGAUUAGUCCGAUGACGCCAUUUUCACCAACACGUAGGCCAACUAGAAGUGCACUGAGAACACCAGUAUCCACAAGACGAAAUGCUGAAGAUUUUUUUUAACCUUGUAGUUUUUUUUAAAAACUUACUUCCCUACAAUUGGAUGAAAAUUUGCUCAAAAAAAACACUGGGAACUUUUCCUAAUAACAAA